GAAGAUCACAGGACGCGUGUCCCAACUUGGACGAAGAACAGUGGACGUCCACCACAAACCCACAUGAGCUUGUCGUCCUUGAGGUUGAGGACCGGCCACACCCACACAAGCUUCACCUUCACAAUAUCUCUUGGGAACUUUCUCAUCUCUCUUGGCUCUUCGGGACUUGUUGUGUCCAUAUUAGAGAGAUAUUCGGUACAAGUGUUGGAAUUUCAUGGAUACAUUGCUUAAAACGCAUAACAAGCUUGCAUUUUUGCACCCAAUUCAUGGGUUUUCGGAGAAAUUGAGUAGUUCGAGCUCUUCGAAGCUUCGCAACGAGGAGUUUAGGUAUGGCCUUAGGAGGUCUCGUGUGAACUUGAGUAGGGGUGGUGUUGUUAAGGCUAGUAGCAGUGCUCUUCUGGAGCUUGUGCCGGAAACUAAGAAGGAAAGUCUUGAAUUUGAGCUUCCUUUGUAUGACCCAUCAAAGGGUCUUGUUGUGGACCUUGCUGUUGUGGGCGGUGGCCCUGCUGGGCUCGCCGUGGCACAGCAGGUUUCGGAGGCAGGCCUUUCUGUUUGCUCGAUUGACCCGUCUCCCAAGUUGAUUUGGCCCAAUAAUUAUGGUGUUUGGGUGGAUGAAUUUGAGGCAAUGGAUAUGCUUGACUGCCUGGAUACUACCUGGUCUGGUGCUGUUGUGUACAUAGACGAGGAAUCAAAGAAGGAUCUUAAUAGACCUUAUGGAAGGGUUAAUCGGAAGCAGCUUAAGUCGAAAAUGCUGCAAAAAUGCAUAUCAAACGGUGUUAAAUUUCACCAAGCUAAAGUUACUAAGGUUAUUCAUGAGGAGGAAAAAUCACUGUUGACUUGCAAUGACGGUGUCACAAUUCAAGCUUCUGUGGUUCUCGAUGCAACUGGUUUUUCAAGAUGUCUUGUACAGUAUGAUAAGCCGUACAAUCCAGGUUACCAAGUGGCUUAUGGGAUUUUGGCAGAGGUCGAAGAGCAUCCAUUUGAUGUUGAUAAGAUGCUUUUUAUGGACUGGAGAGAUUCGCACUUGAACAAUAAUGUCGAACUGAAGGAGAGAAAUGGUAGGAUCCCUACUUUCCUUUAUGCAAUGCCUUUUUCAUCCAACAAGAUAUUUCUUGAAGAAACUUCCCUGGUAGCUCGGCCUGGCUUACCCAUGAAAGAUAUCCAAGAAAGGAUGGCUGCUAGGUUAAAGCAUCUGGGCAUAAAAGUUAAGAGCAUUGAGGAGGAUGAGCAUUGUGUCAUCCCAAUGGGCGGCCCGCUCCCAGUGCUCCCUCAGAGAGUCGUUGGAAUCGGUGGUACAGCAGGGAUGGUGCACCCUUCAACUGGGUAUAUGGUGGCGCGGACUCUGGCAGCAGCUCCUAUUGUUGCAAAUGCAAUAGUUCAGUACCUUGGUUCAGAUAGAACACUUUCAGGAAAUGAAGUGUCUGCAGAAAUUUGGAAAGAUUUAUGGCCCAUACAAAGGAGGAGACAAAGGGAGUUCUUCUGUUUCGGUAUGGCUAUUCUGCUUAAGCUUGAUUUGAAAGGUACUCGGAGGUUUUUCAAUGCUUUUUUUGACCUAGAACCCCGCUAUUGGCAUGGAUUCUUGUCAUCUCGACUGUUUCUUCCCGAUCUUGUAUUUUUUGGGCUUUCACUGUUUUCUCAUGCUUCUAAUGCUAGUAGAAUAGAAAUUAUGGCCAAGGGGACUCCUCCUUUGGUAAAGAUGAUCAACAACUUGAUACAGGAUAGAGAUUAGGAUGACUGAUAUUAUUUGUAAUAUGAAAAUUAUGUUGGUGAAUUUCCAUAUCAAAGAUACUUACUGUUGCUAAUA